GUUGAAUUGAGUUUGCCGUUACGGUAACCGUUUUUUUAUACUGCAUCUGGGAUACUUAAGGCAUCUUUUAUAUCCUUCGAAAUGUUUUACAUCAAGCAAUACUUUCUUACUUAAAGACAAUAGUUUUCAAGAGGAAAGAUCCUAAUCAAGUGCUUUGUCAAGAUGAAUUACUUCCUCAUCUUCUUGCUGAUUUUAACAUGUAUGUCAAGAGUUUACAUUCAAUGCAGAAAAUAUUUAUUUUAUGAUGUAUUUUACGGAGAAGGUUUCAACUUACGACGUGACGUGUAUAUACGAGUGGCCAAUACGCUACGUCUCAUGAGGGAUCCAAGUCAAAUACCUGAUUUCGCCUUAAAAAACAUACAGAUAAAAAAUCUAACUGGGGAUGAUUGGAUUUUAGUUCUACCACCUUGGGGUCCACUACCUCAUUGGUUCAAUGACAGACUAUACAAAAAGUAUACUGGUUAUAAUGCAUAUAAUUGGUCUGGAGUUUCAUGGUCAAUGUAUUUUGAUUUAAAUAGUCUUUCAGUAUUUGUACCAGUUAUGGAUUUAAUUGAAUAUCAGCGCAAUGUAUUGAAUUCAAUGCCAUUGAACAAACUGUCUAAUACAUUGACAAUUGAUUUGGCGCUUCAAUUGGUUCGAGAAACAUUUGAUAAAGUAAAACAAUAUUCACAUACUGAUCGUAGAGUAGACUAUUGUCCUAGUGAAAUACGUGAACUAUAUGCAUCGAAUAAUUCAUUAUCAAACCGACCAAUGGAAUUAUUUGAAGGUAGUAGUUUCACUUCAAAAAGUGGCAUUCUACCAAUGACAGCAUCAGCAUAUGACUGUAUUACUGGUGAUUUAGAGCCUGUUCAUUUGGCGCCUUUCCUAAUUCGUCUGAUUGAAAAUUAUGAAAAGCCGAUUAUGACGUUAUAUUUAGGCUCAGCUCAAUCCAUUAUUCAUGGUCAUUGGAGUGAGUGGAGUCAAGAAUAUUGGACAGUACGUCGAAGUAUGACUGUAGCAAGUCAUUUACGUGAUAUUGGUGAUAACUAUCGAGCAGCUUAUUUACAAUCUUUUGAUACGGUUGAUCGUACAGUCUUACCAUUGAUGAUUGAAAAUUUUGGUUCCGGUUCUGGAUGGUUACGUUCACAAUGGCCACUUUCACCAGCUCUUGGUGGACCAUAUAUAGCUGUUCAUUGGCGACGUGGUGAUUUUGUUACUACAUCAGAUACAGAUUCAGUUACUUCUACUACAAGAUCGUCUAAUAAUUUUGUAGCAGCUGAACAAAUUUUAAAUGCUUUGAGAAUAUUUAAUCAAAAUGAAGAUCGGCAUAUUGAUACAAUCUAUUUAGCUACAGAUGCUAAUCAAGAAGAAGUUGAAAAUUUGAAAAAUUUACUCUAUCCAUUUCAAGUGUUGAAUUUUGAGCCUAGUGAAUCUCAAUGGAUAUCCUAUGGACCCGGAGGGAUAGCAAUUAUUGACCAGUGGAUAUGUGCACAUGCAAGAUACUUUAUUGGUACAAGUUUGUCAACAUUCACAUUUCGUAUUGUUGAAGAGAGAUCAAUUAUAGGCUUUUUAGCAAAUACCACAUUUAAUAACUUAUGUCCAAAUGGAGUAAUACACUUGUAUAGAGCAACAAAUCACUUGACUGUACAAACAUCAAGGUCAUUGAAUUGUGAAACAUUAACUGAUUGGCCAGUUAUUUAUGAAAAGAAAUACACUGUAACAUCGAUAUUAUCAUCAGCUGAGGAUGAAAUGUAUUUACAUCACACAAUGAAAGAUGAAUUAUGAUUGUAUUGUUAACAAAAGAAUUGAGAUCUUUCUAUCCAUUUGCCUAUGUUUUGAUCACCUCUACCAUUUUUUUUGAUGUCUUCCAGUUAGAUUAUUUUCAUGCUUUUAUGUUUGUUUUUCUUUGUUUGCUUUUUGAAGAAAAAAUGUUUGCAAAUUCUUAUUAGAGAAAUAAAUAUAGAAAGAAGAAAUAUGUAUUCUGGUGGUUGGUUUUGUUUUUUCUUACCUCUGAAAAGGUGGAUUUCAGAUUAAGUCACAUCCAACUGACGAGUC